CUGGCAACCCUAACAGCUGAGCGAUGUAAACAAGUCCGGUGCAUGCGCAGUGGAGGAGAGAGAGCCAGGAGCCAGUGAGCAGGUUAAAUGGGGGAGGCUUGAACAAAAAUCGAUGAGGGAGGUCCCCCUUGACGAGGACCUCCACAGGCACUUGAAUUGACUUUGGGCCGUAAAAUGAUUACAGGCCGAAAGCUAAACUAGACGCUGAGAGAGUGAGAGAGCAUGUGCGUGUGGAAGAGCGUCGCAGCGAGAGAGACUGUGCAAGUGAAAAUGAGAGCGGGAUAGCGGAGCAACAGCAAAUGAAGCAGCAGAACAGAAAACGGGCGAAGUUCAACCCAGGAGUGCGAGUCCCCAGCAAAUUGCAAAUUAAACUGCUGAAUAAUACUAUGCUAUUCUAGUAACAAUUCAAUCCCCUAAAAUACAAUAAAACCCAAGUCGGAGCCCCGCUCUCGGAAGUGUAUGCUCGUGUGCGUGCGUGUGUGUGUGCGUGUGUGUGCUUGGACCUGGGUCUUGCCGUAACUCCAGUAAAUUUCUGCACAUAGCGGUGAGAAGGGGAGCAGAAAAGCGGAGUCAGCGACGAAGAAAACGGAAGCCUCGCACAAGGCGGAGGAAAAAUCUCGUUAAGAUGGAAAGCAAACCGAGGAAAUGACCGGCAGCACCACCAGCAGCAGCAGGUGAACUUGUGGAACUUCUUCGGAAAGGAGUGCCCCCGCAACUAAAUAGAUCGCCGUGUCCGUUUAUGAACAGACACACACACGCACACACGCACACACACACACACACACACACGGAUACGAACAGGUCACGCACACAACGAGGAGGCCAAAAUAGCUCAGGGCCUCUCCGUCGCCCUUACUUCACCACCUACGUGACCCGGCUCCCACGCAGCACGGCGAUUAUAAAUAGCUUUAGCUUUGCCGAGUCCAGGACUUGAGGCUGGUUGUACAAUGGUAACAAUGAACUCGGAGGCAGACAAAACUCAAGCAACCAAUGCUACCCUGGCCAUGAGCAACGCUGAAAAACACCCAGCCGUGGAGAGCACUAGUUCACUUCCAACAUCCCCACCAGCCACAGCCACGGCCGCAACAGAAAGCUGCGCCCCAGCUGCAAUAUCACCACCAGCUCCGGCUCAAGCUACAACUCAAACUUCAGUUCCCACUCCUGCCCCAGAAGCUCUGGCCAAUGGCAACAGCAAUUCCAACAUUCAGGAAGUGGUGGCCACCACCAGCUCAGGCAGCGCGGCCGCCACUACGGCAGAAGGAGGAGCAACGGUAAACGGAGGGGGAGGGGUGGUCACUUCGGCGGCGGCUGCCACGCCACCCCCCUCGGCCAAGACGGUGAAUGUCCGCGAUACCACUACCUCGGCGGGGGUCAGCAGCAGCUCGGCUAGCAAGUCUAGCGGCCUGCUGACAGUCAACAGCAAUCAUCACCAUCAUCAUCAUCAUCAGCAGUCCUCGUCGUCGUCGACAUCGUCGCAGCAGCAGGCGACCCCGUCUACGGUGGUCAUGCAGUCGUCGUCACAGCACCAGCGCAGUAAUAAGAACGAAGAUGCACCCAACAUACUCGUGUACAAAAAGAUGGAAACCAUUAUUGAGAAGAUGCAGGCGGAGUCGACCGGUGUGGCCGUGCGCACUGUGAAAGCGUUCAUGAGCAAAGUUCCGUCUGUGUUCACGGGCGCGGAUCUGGUGGCAUGGAUACUGAAAAACUUCGAUGUGGAGGAUGUGACGGAGGCCCUGCACUUUGCCCACCUGCUAAGCUCGCAUGGCUACAUCUUUCCCAUCGACGAUCAUGCGCUGACAGUCAGGAACGACGGCACCUUCUACAGAUUUCAGACGCCCUACUUUUGGCCCUCGAACUGCUGGGAGCCGGAAAACACAGACUAUGCGGUCUACCUAUGCAAGCGCACCAUGCAGAACAAAACGCGCCUGGAAUUGGCCGACUACGAAGCCGAGAACCUGGCCAAGUUGCAGAAGAUGUUCUCUCGGAAAUGGGAGUUCAUCUUCAUGCAGGCCGAGUCACAGAGCAAAGUGGCCAAGAAGCGGGACAAGCUGGAGCGCAAGGUGCUCGACUCACAAGAGCGCGCCUUUUGGGACGUGCACCGUCCCAUGCCAGGGUGCGUCAACACAACCGAGAUCGACAUCAAGAAGGCUUAUCGACGAGGCGGCUCCAGCCAUGGAACUGGUUCCUCCGGCGCCUCCGUGGCCAAGAAUCCAAUCGAGCAGCUGUCUCGCAUCAUUGCCCUGCGGAAACAGAAGCUCGAGCGGCGCACAAUCAAAGUGUCCAAGGCGGCCGAGGCUUUGGUUGCCUACUACGAUCAGUACAAUGAGUUCGAUUACUUUAUAACCUCUCCUGAGCUGCCCAAUCCCUGGCAAACGGACAGCACAGAAAUGUGGGAUACGGAGAAGAAUAGCAAAGAAGUUCCUGUUCGCCGCGUAAAGCGUUGGGCCUUCAGUCUGCGGGAGCUGCUGAACGAUGCCAUCGGACGUGAUCAGUUCACCAAGUUCUUGGAGAAGGAGUACAGCGGCGAAAAUCUGAAAUUCUGGGAAUCAGUGCAAGAGAUGAAGGCGCUGCCACAGGCGGAGAUCAAAGAGGCCAUACACAAGAUCUGGCAGGAAUUUCUCGCUCCCGACGCCCCGUGCCCAGUAAAUGUGGACUCAAAGUCCGUGGAACUGGCCCGGGAGGCGGUCAACUCACCGAACGGCCCAAAUCGCUGGUGUUUCGAUGUGGCCGCUUCCCAUGUUUACCACCUGAUGAAGAGCGACUCGUACUCGCGCUACCUGCGCUCUGACAUGUACAAGGACUACUUGAACUGCUCGCGAAAGAAGAUCAAGUCCAUACCGAAUCUGUUUGGCGUGAAACGUUGAGACACACUCCGUGGACUGCCACGCUUUCAGGUUGCGUGAGAUGUUGGAUUGGUUCACGUAAUUGUGGAUUGGAGGCGUAAAGUUAGCGGGGGGAAGGACCUUGAUACAUACUCCAGUCAGGUACUCAAACUCGUAUUUGUAUGUAUUUAAGCGAUGUUACUUAUUUAUUACUUGCCACUGUGUCGCGUGUUCUCGUUUAUGGAGAUUUUUUAUUAGUAUUUGUUAUACAUAUUAGUUACCUCGACGUGCCCAUCGUGAUCUUGCAAGGAGCUUCGUUCUGUUUUCCCUCUAAAAUCACAAUUCUCACAGCACUUUCCCAUUCUCCUCCUGGAAGCCCUUUUCUUCAUACUUUAUCUCGCGCUCUCUCUCUCUCUCUCUCUCUCUUUCUGUGUCCCCCUUCUGUGACCCUGUCUCUUUCUUUCUCGACGAAAACACCACUUAAGAUGAAAAAGAAACUGCCAAGAGAAUGUUAGAAAAUGGAGACAAACACAAAAAAAUAAAUUGUAAAUCAAACAUGGAAGUGAAGCAAAGCCAACACCAAAAACCGUCGAGACCUUAUUCUCGAUUAAAUGAUGCAUAUAAUUACAUAACAUUUCCAAAAAUUAUUCAGUACAUAAUUAUGAAAAAAACAAGGAAAAACACCAUACCGAAACACAUAAACCAAGCAAUUGUCAAGUGUAACCGAUAAUACUUAAAAAAAAGUAGAUAUACAAAAUACGAAAACAAUACGAAAAAAUGACAACCUAACCUAAAGAAAACAAGUGUGCUAACACACAAAAAAAGCCACCAACUGAAUUGUCAAACUAUAACCAAAAACAAAAAAAGAAUCAUAGAAGAGAAAAAACGAAUACCCUAGAAAAAACAACAUUUAACGGAGUCUAAGAACUAUAAUCGCAUAAGUAAUUAGCUUAAAAUGAAAAUCGAUCGAAAAUUAACCUUGAACUGGAAGAAAAGUUUGCAAACAAAGAAAAACAGAAUCCACCAAACUUCUGGUCAAGCAUCUUCUGUCCACACAUUCCCAUACACACUUCGGCAUUCCACCUUUUUCGAGUUCCUUCCUUUUCGAGGAUUUUCAUGUGAGUUCGUUGAAAAUGUAACGUGUGUCAGCAGCAUUACCAUGGCUAUGGGCUGUUUCUAUCCCUUUCGUUGCAGUCACACAGUAUGCGCACGCGCAGACACAGAUUUAAGCCUAGACAAGCGCACUCACAUAUCGAUAAGAAGUUAGCUGGAAAGAAAAACAUAGGUAUGAUUUUAUUCAUGUAAAAUUGUUCUGUCCAUUGCGGUUUUUUUUCCAGCGUGCGUAAACUUCUGUUAAAGAGAGCGGGGGCUUUAAUUUUGAAUAAAUGUAUACUAUACUAUUUUCUCUUGAAUAUUAGUUGUUGGAUAUGAGAUGGGAGACAGAGUGAUAAAAAGGAAAUGUCAAGUUCAGCUGGGGACAAAAAGUACACGAGAAAGUUAGGGUAAAUAGGGUCAAAGGUGUGAUAGCUGAUAGGAAGUUAGCCAAAAGAGAGCUUUACAAUAACGGAGAUAGCAGCGACGAUCCAGCUGGGAGAGUAUAUACAUAACUUAGAGUGCCAGCCAGAGUUUGGAUGUCCCUCACUCCCUCCCUCUCUAUCUCUCUCUCUUUUACAAAUGUGGAUUACAGCAGAUUCCGGGGAAAUCCAUAAUAACUAAACCAUAAUAACUACCUACAUAUAUAUGAUAUAUGUAAAUGUAUUUACACUAACAUCAAGCUGAUUUUGGGGAAAGUCUCCACACAUUUUGAAGUAGCAAUUAGACCUAGAAUUAAGCCAAAUGGAAAGUAAACUAAAGGCGGAAUACUAAAACUAUAGGAAUUACUCGUAAAUACAUAUUUAACAUGCACACAAAAGGUACACAAUUGCCAGAGGAGCCGGAAGCGUUGUCCACUUUUGGGCCAAAAAUCAAGAAAAAAUUGUGUAUUGUAACUAAAGCAUAUUUAAACGUUAAUUAUAAUGGAUUCCCGUUUGUAGUGGUGUAAACUGUGUGUUUGUAAAUGGUGUCUAAAACUUAAACAAAGGAAAUAGUUAAUAAUAUACCUAUACAAAUGUAUGUGUAUAUAUAGAUACAUGCAUAUACAUAUAAAUAUUUACUUUAAGUAUAAUAUACAAAUACUAACUAUAUCUCAAUGUGCGUCUGUAUGUGAGUAGUAGAAACCCAGAUCGAUUUCGGAAACAUCAAAUAGUUAUUCUAAAAAGGAAACCAAAACCAAAUCUGUGUAUCCACGCACUCUGAUUUCAUCUUUGGCUUCUUAUCGUUACUUUUUUCUAGAAUGUAGAAUAGAAUACAAAACAUACAUAUAAGAUGUUCUUUUCAGCAUUCCUUCCUGUUUUUUUUUCCACCCACCUCUGUAUAAAACUAAAAUUAGAAUAAAUUACUAUAAAAUAUAAAGCAUCCUUGUAAACUAUAUUGAGGCAAGGAGUAAAUUAAUGAAAAUUCCAGAAAAGUGGCAAAGCUUGGCACAGACUUGUUUCGCCUGUUUACAGCUAAACAAAUAUGCAAAAAAUUAAAUAAAUAUUCUAUAUAUGUAUGUAUGUACUGUACGCAGAAGCUAUUCACCCGCAAUAAACCAGACAGCAAAGCAAAA